GUCAUUGGAUACGAAAAGAACAAAAAUUGAUGAGCAUGCUUAGCUUUGGCAUAUCUCUAAAAGAAAAAAGAAUUUCGGUACAUUUUUUUCGAAGAUACAUAAAUAUUUAUGUCUAAUCAGGAUUAUCGCCACAUGCACACUAACGUCAUCAUAUUUUCAAUAAUUUAAAUAAAAAGAUGAGUUUUUAACUAAAUGCAUAUGACAUCGUCACGUUUGUUGUAGAGGGUCUUUAAAAGCUGAAAUAUAUAAUUAGUGAAAGGUCAACAUAGUCGACAGGUUCCUGUGCAAAUAUCCAAAAUUUUCUUUCGAAAGAUGAAGAAAUUCAUCGAAGCAUACAGACUCUCAUACGCAAGUGACAUUAACGUGGGUCUUAUUAACAGAAACGAUGAAUCGUACUUUUUUGAGUAAGAAUGUUGCCCAAUGCCUUUCUCUGUUUAUGGCUACGCAGUGUUUUGUCGGUUGUAUAGCAAAUGCGAUCGUUUUGUUGUAUUUUAUACGCAAUAAAAGACAUUUCCAGAAUACGGCAGACAAACUUAUUCUUCAUUUGGCCGUUACGGAUUUUAUAGCUCUAUCAACGUACGUUCCAUGGCGUUCAUAUCUUUUAAUGAUUCGAACAAGAACAACAAACUACAAGUUCUACACUUCAUUGUUUGUUUUUUGUAUAUUUCUCACAGGAAGCGCUGUACUACUCAUCGCAUUUGAUCGAUUCGUUGCCCUGACCAGGCCGCUAAGAUACAAAGGUCUUAUAACGUCGAAAGUAUUUUGGAUUUCUGUCAAGACAUCUUGGAUAUGCGCCUUUUUGCUGGGUAUUUUCCAUUAUUUUAGUUAUGAUUUUCGCGUUCAUGACGAGUAUGAGGUUUUUCUUAGCUCUUUGUCUUUCCUACAAUUAAUUCUUAUGGCCGUCAUAUACACCUUCCUGCUAAAGUCAACCGCUAACCUAGGAAGAAAAAUGUGUGGCGAAAGUCUCUCGUUUAAUGUGAAACAGUCUGCUUUAACAGUAAAGACCGUUCGUAUGACGUUUGUGAUUGUCUGCUUAUUCUACGCAACCUUUACACCUUAUACGGCCUACAGAAUCGUUUCAACCAUUGAUGAAAGCAUACCUCUUGAUACAAGACAUGAAACAUGGCGCUGGUUAACUGCAUUUACUUUCUUGAAUUCAUGUAUAAAUCCUUUUGUUUACUUCUACCGUAUGAAGAAAUAUCGUCAUAGACUUUGUAUAAGUUGUUUUGGAAUGCAGCACGAUCAUGGUGAAAGAAAUUAUGAAAAUUUUCGAAACAACAUUACUCAUUUGGUAGUGGAGGCGAAUGUUGGGAAUGAACGUUUACUUGCGAGUCGGUAGAGCAAUGUUGAAGCUAUGAAAACGAUACACAAUAAAGGAGAGAUUAUCUUAUCAAUUUCUGGAUGAAUAGUAAUAUAUCCAAUAAACUUGUCAUCGCCUAGUUAGAAUUUCUGUUAUUUCCUGUAAUCGAAUGAUUUAAAUGUAAUUUGUAAUUGAUUAUAAUUGCGGUGAUGACAUCAUAUGUUGGUAGACGGUACUACUUCUCCUUCCUUGAAGAUUUACAGUUUCUAAAAGGUUUUAAUCUUACAAUUUCGUCUCCAAUGAAUGUAGAACUUGCUGCUUGCAAAUCAUUUAGCUCCUGAAAGGCAGAUACUUCUAUUUUAUGUCAAAAAAUCACCAAGUCCCAUGAAUAAAUACAAUCGUGGAUUUUCUAGCAGUUGCUGUGCGUUUGAUAACGGGAAAGAAACUGUUGAAAAUGAGAUGUCGAGGACAAUAAAAUCGACCGUUACAAACGAAACGAUGCAUUAGAAAAAAAGGCAAAACAAUGAGGCGCCUGAUAUCUUACACUUAAUGUCUUUUGAAUUCCUUACAUGCAUACAUUUUUUGCAUGUUGACGAGGACAAAAGACAUAUUUCAGACAGGCACUUCGACAGCGAUGUUGCUAUGUUAGUUAAUUCAUUGCAUUAUUCAUUAAUUGCUUAUGGACGUUCUUGCUCUCUUACUAUGUUAAUGCUCUCGUUCUUGCUCUCUUACUAUGUUAAUAAAUGACAAAUUAAUUCUGAAAAUAUAUACAGUAUUUUAUUCAAA